AUGAGAAGUCUUCUUGCUGUUCUCGUUGUUAUUCUGGCUCUUAUAAAUGCGACGAAUGCUCAAUGGGGCUUCGGUGGAAUGCCAAUGGGUGGUAUGGGCAUGGGCGGUAUGGGAAUGAUGGGCGGUGGUCCGUACGGUGGAAUGGGUGGUGGACCAUAUGGUGGCAUGGGAGGCGGAUACGGUGGAGGCGGUGGAUGGGGUCGACGACGAAUGAUGGGAGGAAUGAUGAAUCCGUAUAUGGGAAUGAUGUAUGGAAGAUGA